AUGAGUUCCGAAUUCUCUAUGAAGGACUUGGGACAGCUUGACUACUUCCUUGGCAUUGAAUUGAAACGCAACUCUUUGGGACUUCUUUUACUUCAACAUCGUUAUACUACUUCACUUCUUCAUCGCUUCAGAUUAGAGAAGUGUAAACCAGUGCUAACUCCACUUCACAGUAAGUUGGAUUGGAAUUCUACUUCUUCUCCUUUGCUUGAAGAUCCUUCUAUUUAUCGUCAAAUGGUUGGGAGUCUACAAUAUUUGUGUUUUACUAGGCCGGACAUUCAAUUUGCUGUCAACCUUGCUUCUCAGUUUCUUCACCAACCGCGACAAUUGCAUCUUCAAGCAGUAAAACGCAUUUUUCGAUAUCUCGCUGGCACAAUUGAUUGGGGCUUACAGUUGUAUAAGAAUUCUUCCUUGUCGCUUACUGUUUUCUCUGACUCUGAUUGGGCUGGUUGUUCAGCCACCAGACGAUCCACAACUGGCUUUUGUAUUUUUCUUGGCUCUAAUCUUAUCUCUUGGUCUGCUAAGAAACAACCUACUGUUGCACGCUCAAGUACCGAAGCAGAGUACCGAGCUCUUGCUGUUGCCACUGCUGAAGCUACUUGGCUCCAAUAUAUUCUUCGAGAUCUUGGUGUUUUUCUUACUUCUCCGGUAUCUGCUAAAUGUGACAAUAUUGGAGCCAUUCAUCUAGCUCACAAUCCAGUUUUUCACUCCCGUUCAAAACAUGUUGCUCUAGACUAUCGUUUUGUUCGUGAAAAGAUUAGUCAUGGUGAUUUAGUGGUUUCCCAUGUCCAUACAUCUGAGCAACUUGCUGAUUUGUUUACCAAAGUAUUGGCCUCUUCACGUUUUCGUGAUUUAACUGCCAAUCUUCACGUUCACUCUUCCCGUUCAGAUUGA